GCACCCGCAGCAGCAGCAGCAGGAGGCGACGACGUUCCAAACCACCCGUGCGCGCUUUGAUCUGUUUCUCGUGAACGCGCACUGAGAAUCCGCUGUGUUAUGGCGCUCCAGUCCAGAUGAAGUGAAUCGGAGUGAAAUACUGACUGCAUUUCACAUUUACACGGGGAAAACAAAAGGAAACUACAGCAUCAGGGAUGAACUCGUAGUUAAAUCCAGUGGAGUUUUUAUCCGUCCAUGGAUCCCUCUUUCACUGAGGAAGCGGAUCUGUUGGGAACAACAUCAACGUUUUCCUUUCCUUUACCUUGGAUUUGCUUUAUACUGGGACAGUAUACAGAUUUAUUCUAAACACAGAGACCUGAUUAUGUGUGAAGUGUGGCACUGACAGACUUGACCUUGUGUGUUUGUUUACACGGUAAUGUUAAUCGGCUCCAUGUAAACACAGCAGGCUAAAUGGAAGGCUGUCGAGACAGUUAUCCCUUUCCCACUUAUUUAACCAGCUCAGGCAUGUUUUAUAAGUAAAUAACGUUUAUAAUUAUGACUUAAUAUUGAUCCAGACACCUUUAGAAAACCCAGAAUGCCCAUGCGGUAGUGUAAUUACAUCUCUGAGCAAUAAUAAACAUGCAGUAGUUGUUGUGUCUGGAACUGAAGGCUGCUUUUUCCACGGAAAUAAAACUCUUCUAUCAGGAUAAUAAACACUUGGGACCCACUAUGGCUUUCUUUAAUUUUCGGAAAAUAUUCAAGCUCGGUCCGGAGAGGAAGAGAAAGCAGUAUGAACACGUCCACAGAGAUGUAAACCCGGAGGAAAGCUGGGAAAUUAUCGGAGAAUUAGGAGACGGAGCUUUUGGAAAGGUGUAUAAGGCUCAGAACAAACAGUCAGGCAUUUUGGCUGCAGCAAAGGUGAUUGACACUAAGACGGAAGAAGAGCUGGAGGAUUACAUGGUGGAGAUUGACAUACUGGCAUCUUGUAACCAUGACAACAUUGUCAAGCUUUUGGAUGCCUUCUACUAUGAGAGCAAACUCUGGAUUCUGAUUGAGUUUUGUGCUGGAGGUGCUGUGGAUGCAGUGAUGUUGGAGCUGGAGAGACCUCUGACUGAGCCGCAGAUAAGGGUGGUGUGUAAGCAAACUCUAGCUGCGCUGCUCUACCUGCAUGAGAACAAAGUCAUCCACCGAGACCUGAAAGCUGGAAACAUCCUGCUCACACUUGAUGGCCAAGUCAAGCUUGCGGAUUUUGGGGUGUCUGCCAAAAACACUAAAACACUCCAGAGACGAGACUCUUUCAUUGGAACCCCAUACUGGAUGGCGCCAGAAGUGGUGAUGUGCGAGACUUCGAAGGACAGGCCGUAUGACCACAAAGCAGAUAUCUGGUCCCUCGGUGUCACCCUGAUCGAGAUGGCCCAGAUCGAGCCGCCCAAUCAUGAGAUGAACCCCAUGAGGGUGCUUCUAAAAAUCGCCAAGGCUGACCCUCCAACUCUUAUGCAGCCUUCCAAGUGGUCUCCAGAGUUCCGUGACUUUCUAAAACAUGCUCUGGAUAAGAAUCUAGACAACAGAUGGAGCGCAGCACAGCUCCUUCAGCACCCCUUUGUGAGCAACGUUGCUGAUAACAAACCACUACGAGAGCUGAUAGCAGAAGCCAAAGCUGAAGUCACGGAGGAGAUAGAGGAGUCGAAGGACGAUGAUGACGAGGAGGAUCAUGAGGGACAGCUGCUGAUUCCUGGACACAAGCGUGCUUCAUCUGACUUCAGCAUUGGAAGCUCUGAAGAUGAGAAGCUUUCUCAGUCACCUUCUACCUUGGAAGCAGUUCCAGAAAAAAAUGAGGAAUUUGGUGUUCCCAAGAAACCAGAUAUAGAGCUUAGUUCUGAUCAGACAGCUGAACCUGAAAUUUCCAAAUUGGAUCUGAACCACAUCCCAGCUGAACCUGAACCAUGUGCUGAAGAACCUGCAGAGGAAUCCGUUUCCAACAUAAAACUUCAGGAACAAGGAGAUGAGAAGAACAUUGGAGAAAUCAAGCCAGAAGUACCUUCGACUUCACUAAAUAUACUGGAACCACAAGAGGAGAUGAAAAAUAUGGGAAAUAAUGUGACUGUAUUCCAGAACAUGGAUACAGCAGUGAAGGAUAAUCUCACACCGAAGAAUUCCAUCAAGCAGGUUGAGGGACCUGUUACAGUGCCCGAGGAGAAACCCACACCUCUGACUUCUCCUCUGAGAGAAGAGGAUAAAGGUGAAGCAGAGGAUGAGAAAUCUCCUCCAGAGACUAAAAGUCCUGCGAAGCCCAGAUUUCAAAAGAAAGUCUCUGGAAGUGGGUCAGGUGCAGAUAACAACAACAUUGACUUAAACCUGUCCAUCUCCACCUUCAUUAGCAAAUCCAAAGAGGCAGGAUCAGUUUCUGUACAGGAAAGGAAGCGUCAGAAGAAGACCCUGAAAAAAACCCGCAAGUUUAUCGUGGAUGGCGUGGAAGUUAGUGUAACGACGUCCAAGAUUGUCACAGAUAACGACACCAAAAAUGAGGAGAUGAGAUUCCUAAGACGUCAAGAGCUAAGAGAGCUGAGGUUGUUGCAGAAAGAGGAGCAGAGAGCCCAACAGCAGCUCAGCAACAAACUGCAGCAGCAGAGAGAGCAGAUCUCCAGACGCUUUGAGCAGGAGACCACAAUCAAGAAGCGUCAGUAUGAUACAGAGGUGGAGAACAUGGAGCGGCAGCAGAAGCAGACUAUCGAGCGACUUGAACAAGAUCACACCAACCACCUCCGUGAUGAGGCCAAGAAGAUCAAAGGCGAGCAGGACAAGGAGCUGUCAAAGUUUCAAAACAUGUUGAAGAACCGUAAGAAAGAGGAGCAGGAUUUCUUGCAGAAACAGCAGCAGGAACUGGAUGGCACUCUGAAAAAGAUUAUCCAGCAACACAAGUGUGAGCUGGCCACCGUGGAAAGAGACUGCCUCAACCACAAACAGCAGCUGCUCCGAACAAGGGAGGCAGCAAUGUGGGAGCUAGAAGAGCGCCAUCUACAGGAGAAACACCAGCUAUUUAAACAGCAGCUCAAGGACCAGUAUUUCAUGCAGAGACACCAGCUACUCAAAAGACACGAGAAGGAAAUGGAGCAGAUGCACAGAUAUAACCAGCGACUGGUGGAGGAAAUGAAGACCAAACAGACCCAGGAGAGGACCAGACUCCCCAAAAUCCAGCGCAGUGAAGCCAAGACACGCAUGGCCAUGUUUAAAAAGAGCCUGCGUAUCGCCUCCCCCGGACUCACCCCUGAACAGGAGAGGGAAAAGAUCAAACAGUUUGCAGCACAGGAGGAGAAACGGCAGAAGAACGAGAGACUCCAUCAGCAGCAGAAACAUGAGAACCAGAUGAGAGAUUUGCAACUGCAGUGUGAUACCAAUGUUAGAGAGCUGCAGCAGUUACAGAAUGAGAAGUGCCAUCUGCUGAUUGAACAUGAGACACAGAAGUUAAAGGAGUUGGAUGAAGAGCACAGUGCCGAGCUGAAGGACUGGCGAGAGAAACUGUGGCCCAGGAAAAAGACACUAGAGGAGGAGUUUGCACAGAAGAUUCAAGAACAGGACAUUUUCUUCAAGAUGAGUGGAGAGUCCGAGUGCCUUAACCCAUCCACCCAGAGCCGCAUCUCCAAGUUCUACCCUGUGCCCACUGUCCACUCUACUGGGUUUUAACACACGCACACACUACACAUGGAUAGUACUCAAGUAAUAUGCAUCUACAAACUACAUUCUGUGCAGGGCUUUUAGGAUAUACACCGACAUAUUAUGACAACAUUUUGCUGCCAUGGCCCUCUUGGCUGAUACCGUUCAGGAUCAAAUACAGGGGAUCGCUUAAUAUAAAGGGGUUUUGCACCUACUAUUUCUGUAGAAGGACUGGGGUAGAUUUCCCGAUAACGUUGCACUUUAGGGCUAAAGAGCGAGUUUAAGAUACUCUUAAGCAAUGAACGUUGUCUCUGUACAUGGUUUCCCUGAACUUAAUCGUAAAAAGGAGUCUGAAGAGCAACUAUGCUAAGAGCUUCUUUGCAACACACGUCCUUGAUAUAGACAUUAGUAGCUGCUAAAGGCAUUCUUACUGUAGUUGCUAAAUCCAGUCGAUGAGGUCACAUGGUGUUUUGUUUUUUACCAAAAAAACAGAGCAGCCAAUCAGAGCGCGCGAUUGCUCAUAUCCAGUGAAUGUGGAUAGAAUAUAUGUUAUAUGAUAGAAAUAUAUAUUUGGCAUGCAUCAGUGACUGACUGUUGGAGGCAGAAUCUCUUAGGCAGCAGAGCUGUACGUUCCUAGAGCAUACUUUAAUUCAACGUCCUUCGGUACAGACAGAUCAAAACUUAACACUCUCUCUCUCCGUCUCUCACUCACACAGACACACAAUGUAACAGUUGCAGAAAUUUGUCUCGUUUAUGAUACUAAAUGAGAUAAUCACUCGCUUAAUGGAGUUAAAUUUGAUGAAAACGUGGCGAUAUCAGUGUGGCAUUCAGAUAUCCAUACAUAACAUGUUGAAAUAUAUUCAUGAUGUUUUGUGUAUACUUAUUUAAUAAUUUACUCGAUGUACUUGCAAUGUACAAGAAAAAUAAUUGAACACCGGCAGCAGAUUCAACACCAGUUUCUCACAUUGACCGUGAGGGGUCCUCGGAGACGCAUGGACAUUGUGUGUAUUCGGCUGUGAGGAGACACUCUUUGUUGUGAAAGAGUGAUCCAGGUCCAUCGUAAGUUAAGAGCGAACUAAAGUACUGUUUUAGCUAUGAUGAUGUUCAGGAAAACCACGUUAGCUUAACGAUGGCUCUUAACCCUUUGAUGCAAAACAUGGGUCAAAAGUGACCCGGCUGAGUUUUUAUCUUCUAUAUCUUUGCAAUAAAUUAAUUCCAUCAUUCAGUAUUCAAGGUAUUCCUCAAUUAACUUGUUUUUGAUCAUCAUGCAUCCUUAUUUUAUUUUUUCCUUUCUUACUUUUUGAAUAAAAACCCUUUUUGUAUCACUACCCUUCUAAUGCACAACAUGGGUCAAAAACGAC